AUGUCUCUGCUGCCCGACUUGGGACAACCUCCCCUGGAGCAGCUGUACCGGGAGGGCCCGCUGCUGGGGAGCGGCGGCUUCGGCAGCGUUUACGCCGGGACCCGGCUCGCCGACGGCGUCCCGGUGGCCAUCAAGCGAGUGUCCCGGGACCGCGUCUUGGAGUGGGCGCGGCUGCACGACGGCGCCCUUGUGCCCCUGGAGCUGGUGCUGCUCUGGAUGGCGUCGUGGCCCGGCUUCCGCGGCAUCGUGCGGCUCCUGGACUGGUUCGAGCUGCCCGACGGCUUCGCGCUGGUCAUGGAGCGUCCGGAGCGCUGUCAGGACCUCUGGCACCUGCUGCACGCGGGGGGGUUCCUGCCAGAGCCCGUGGCGCGGGCGCUGUUCCGGCAGGUGCUGGGGGCCGUGCGGCACUGCACCAGCCGCGGCGUCCUGCACCGCGACAUCAAGGCCGAGAACGUGCUCGUUGACCUGGCCACCGGCGAGGCGAAGCUCAUCGACUUCGGCUGCGGCACGAUCCUGCAGGACACGUUCUACACCCAGAUGGCCGGAACGCGGGAGUACUACCCACCGGAGUGGAUCCUCUUUGGCCGCUACCAUGGCCAGCCAGCCACCAUCUGGUCCCUGGGCAUCCUGCUCUAUCAGCUGGUGUGCAGGCACCUUCCUUUCAAAAGCAGAGAGGACAUCGUCCGGGGACAACUCUUCUUCCCGCCCCGGGUGUCUCAAGAGUGCCAGCACCUGAUCAGGUGGUGCUUAUCCAUGGACCCUGCAGACAGGCCAUCCUUGGAUGACCUUUUA